UACGGUUUCUUUGUAAAUGUCAAAAAAUUAAACAAAUUUUAAUAUUUUAAUUCUUCUAAAUAGAUAACGUUUACCAAAUAAAAAUAAUUAUUUUAUCAGUACUUAAUCGCGCAAAAAAUGACUCAAAAUAGAUCAUGAAACGUUUACCUAACACCUUAUCAUCAAUUCACAAAAUACAAUUCUAAGUUUUUGUGUACAAAUGAACGACAAUUUGUCUUAUCUACCUCUUUCGUGUUUAUUGCAUUAGUUCAGUGUCUCGCAUCGUGUUUUGUAAAUCAGUUUGAUUCCGGAAUUCGUUAGUAUAAUUGCUGCCGAGAUUAUGAUAAAUAAUUCAAAAAACAUUAAAUUGAGUUGAACGUGGAACUUACAGUCGUUGUUGUCGUCAGUCAUGGAGCAAUGGAUGAAAAUAUCACUCUUGCUGAGUGUUUUUGGAUUUUUGAGAGAAAUUCGACCAUCGGAGCCGUUCAUUACAGAUUUCCUUACGGAUUUUAAAAAUUUUGAGCUAAAUGCGGUUUUGAGGAAUAUUUAUCCGAUCGGGACUUAUUCGUUGAUGGUUAAUACGAUAAUUGCAUUUUUUAUUACGGAUUAUUUGAGAUACAAACCAUUAAUUUUCGUCUCCGGAUUAAGUGGCGUCAUAGUUUGGGCUCUUCUCCUAUGGACCGAAGCCUUAUCUUCAAUGAUCGUGGCUCAAUUAUUCUAUGGCACCUACAUUGCGACAGAAGUAGCUUACUAUACCUACAUUUACGCCAAAGUUGAUCGAGACCAUUACGAUCGCGUCACAGCUCACACUCGUUCUUCCAUGUUUUGGGGUCGUUUUUUAGCAUCUGUCGUCGCUCAAACCUUACUUUACGUCAAAUUAAUGGAUUACGAGUCGCUUAAUUACAUCACUUUUGGUUCUCAAGUCGCCUGCACUUUAUGGGUGUUCCUCUUACCGAAAGUUGAAUCCUCGAUUUAUUUCCAUCGCAAAAAGGAAGACGACUUCAAAGAGCUCGAAAGCAUCAUGCCGUUGAAUAAUGCAGCUCCGAGACCUCAAGAAAAGCCGUUAACUGCAUUUCAGCUGCUCUGGUCGCAAUUUAAGACUUCUUACAGUAACGUCGAAGUGCUUCAAUGGAGUAUUUGGUACACAAUCGGGACUUGUGGCUUCUAUCAAGUCACCAGUUAUUGUCAAGUUUUGUGGAGUUCCAUCGAAAAACCGCCGGAAAUGGUUUGGAAUGGCGCCGUCGAAGCUCUUGUGACACUUUUGAGCGCUUUGGUGACAACUUUUGCGGAGAAAAUUCAUGGAACGGUUCUUUUUAAGUCAUCCAGUUUGGUGACUUUGACAAUUUUGACGACUUUUAGUGGCUUUGCGAUACUUUUGGGCACGAAAACGACUUCGCUGUACAUUUCCUAUGCGGGUUACAUCAUUUUUUGUACGUUAUUUGCCUUUACGAUCACCAUUUCGAGUGCAGAAGUCGCCAAAAGACUCGCUCCAGACUCGUUCGGAUUGAUUUUCGGCUUCAAUACCGCCAUGGGACUCACACUGCAAAGUUUACUCACGUUCGUGGUGGUUUCCAAGACUUUUAUGGAUCUCGAUGUGAAAACGCAGUUCACGAUUUACGCUGGAUUCUUCUUUUUCUUUGCAUUUUUGUAUUUUUUGAACAUUGUGAUAAAUUUUAUUGUUAGUAAACGUAAGGAAUAGAGAUUAAAAAUAUUUAUUUUUUGUAAGAAGGGAAAAAAUUUAAAGUUUUUUUGAUAAGAAUAAUAAGUCUAGACAACAACAAAUAUUGAAUUCACAUCUUAUCUUAACAAUUGUGAUUAUUUUCUCGCAUCAAAAGCGUCUU